AUGGUAAACAAAUGCUGUAUGCCCGAGUGCAAAAGUAAUUAUCGUGGAACACCAUAUGUCAAAGUAUUCUCGUUUCCAAAUGCGGAGAAAUAUCCUGAGGUACAUAGAAAAUGGAUUAAGAAAGUGUCGCGAAAAGAUUGGGCACCUACCAAAAACUCAGUCAUCUGUAUCAAUCAUUUCCAUAGCUCCGAUAUUGACAACACCGGAUCCCGUACGAAAUUGAAUCCGAAUGCGAUACCGCUAGUGCAUCACGAAAAUGUACCACAGUACCUCAGUGAACCAGAGAAACCAAAAUUGAGAACUGACCCAGCAAAAAGAAGAGAAGAGUACAUCGAAAAUCACAACAAUGAUGUUGAAAUGUGGUUGGAAUCAGAUCACAUUAAAAGCUUCGAAGUAUUCAAAACAGAAACGAUACUCCUGUUGUAA